AUGAAUGACUCUUGAGAAUAAAAUCUAUCAAGCUAUGGCGAGCAAUCAACCAUUAGCAAAUAAUUCAAUCAUUGUAAUCGGACCUCAUUACAGCACACCGCAUCAAGUAGAUCUCUACGUCGCCAGGAAAGUUUUAAAUGUAACAGAAGGUAAUAACUUGGGUGUUUUUGAAAUCAAUGGCAAUAACAUCUUCAAAGUUAAGAGCGCGGGCAAACGCCGUAUCCUUGUCGACGCUGCCGGAGUUCCUAUCGUAUCUCUAGAAGAAAAGAAGUUCUCAGCACAUGAUAGAUGGAGAGUGUAUAGAGGAGACAGCUCAGACUCUAAAGAUUUGUUGUUUGGUGUUAAAAGGUCUAAAUUUAUACAGCUCAGGACUGAGUUGGAUGUGUUCUUAGCAUCUAACACAGCUGAAGAUGUUUGUGAUUUUAAGAUUAAACAAAACUAUCGCAGAAAAUCGGUUGUCAUCUAUCAGGGAGAUUCACAAAACAUCAUCGCUGAGAUGCACAAGAAACAGACUGUCCAAGGCAAAGUUCUGGGAAAGGACACAUUCUCGAUCAAUAUAUGCCCGAGCAUCGAUUAUGUGUUUGUCAUCGCUCUACGUGUGGUCCUCGAUGAGAUCAACAUGGCUGGGGAUGGAGGUGGCGGGGGCGGGGGAGAUGAUGGGGGUGGAGGCGGCUGCUAAGCUCAAUUUCUAUAUCAUGUGUAUAACAUAAAGUAGAAUUAAAAGUUAUAAUAUACUGUAAUUAUGCUUCCGGCUGUGUAUAUAUACGACUCAUCCUGUUGUAGGAGGAAAUGAAAGUUAAAGAUAAAUUUCACCAUGAA